GGAGAGACCCUCUCCCCUCCGCUGCAACGGCCUCUCUCGCCUGGCGCCAUCGCCCUUUUAAGAGCUGAGCCUGGAGAGGGAGGGAGAGAAGGCUGAGCUGAGCUGAGGGAGCAGCGCGCGAUUCCUGGAACAGCCGGACCAAAAAAAAAAAAAAAAAAAAAAAAAAAAAAAAAAACCCAAAGCCGGAGCUGAAGCUGGAGCCGCCGCGACCGUUUCAAGUUCCCCCCGCGUGGAAAAUGUGUGGAGUAGGGGAAAAAGUCUGAAAGAGAAACAAGCAGCAUGUACGCCAAGGGAGGAAAGGGCUCUGCCGUCCCCUCCGACAGCCAGGCUCGGGAAAAGUUGGCGCUGUAUGUAUAUGAGUAUCUGCUUCAUGUGGGAGCCCAGAAGUCAGCCCAGACCUUCCUGUCGGAGAUCCGGUGGGAGAAGAAUAUUACACUGGGGGAGCCCCCGGGGUUUCUGCACUCCUGGUGGUGUGUGUUCUGGGACCUGUACUGUGCGGCCCCUGACCGACGGGAAACCUGUGAGCAUUCUAGCGAAGCUAAGGCAUUCCAUGACUACAGUGCGGCCGCAGCGCCCAGCCCGGUCAUGGGGGGCAUGGCGCCCAGUGAUGGGAUGCCCAUGCCAGCUGGCUUCUUCCAGGGCCCUCCUGGCUCUCAGCCGUCUCCACACGCCCAGCCCCCCCCACACAAUCCCAACGCCCCCAUGAUGGGCCCUCAUAGUCAGCCCUUCAUGUCCCCUCGGUACCCAGGAGGACCCCGGCCAUCCCUCCGAAUGCCAAACCAGCCACCUGUGGGAGUCCCCGGCUCCCAGCCACUGCUACCCAAUGCCAUGGACCCGUCCACGAGGGCGCAGGGCCAUCCAAGCAUGGGAGGCCCGAUGCAGAGGAUGAAUCCGCCCAGGGGAAUGGCGGGGAUGGGGCCCCAGAAUUACGGCAGCGGAAUGCGGCCCCCGCCCAACGCCCUCGCCGGCCCCGGCAUGCCGGGGAUGAACAUGGGUCCAGGAGGACGGGGGCCAUGGCCUAACCCCAGCGCCAACUCAAUAGCGUACUCCUCCUCCUCCCCAGGCAACUAUGCGGGACCCCCCGGAGGAGGCGGCCCCCCUGGAACUCCCAUCAUGCCCAGUCCUGGAGACUCAACCAAUUCCAGUGAGAGCAUGUACACCAUGAUGAACCCCAUUGGGCCAGGCAGCAACAGACCCAAUUUCCCGAUGGGCCCUGGGCCUGAGGGUCCUAUGGCAGCAAUGGGGGCAAUGGAGCCACACCACAUGAACGGCUCAUUAGGCUCAGGUGACAUGGACGGGUUGUCCAAGAACUCUCCGAACAACAUGGCCGGCAUGAGCAACCCCCCAGGCACCCCACGGGACGACGGCGAGAUGGGCGGGACCUUCCUCAACCCCUUCCAGAGCGAAAGCGUAAGCGACCGUGCCAACCCUCCCCCCGCGUCGGGCAGGAGGGGCCUCGCGGGCAGGCCCAAGCGCGGUGGCCGGGGGGCCAGAGCAAGACCGUGACCGCCGGGCCGGGCCGAGGGGCACCAGUACUCACCCAGCCUGACUAUGAGCGUCUGAGGAGAACGGCCCUCCCCUCAGCCCCGGCCCCCUUGUAAACUUGUGUAUUUAAGGACCGGACACCCUCCUUUCCCUUCUCCUGCCCCCAAGCUCCCCUUCCCCAGCCCUCUGACCCCACCCACCCAGCAUUUGGGGCCAGCUCCCCCAUCACCCCGACCUUGUGUCCUUUCGGACAAGCUGGGGAUGGUGGGGCGCCCUGCACUCUGCCUGGGAUGGGCAGGGGGCUGCCCCUCCCUGAGGUCAAGGCGACCCCGCUGGUCUUUGGGCCUGGGGAAGGGGCAGGUGGGGGGAGGCGGCAGAGGUUACUUCGGACCCUUGGACAAAGCAAGGAACUGGCUGGGCCAUCCCUUCAGUGGGCCCUCCGGCCUCCGGGCCACGGGAGGCCAAGGCCGCCCACCCUCUGCCACAGUGCCCCUGAUUACAGGGGAGGCCCAGCAAGCAGACUUUCAGGUCCGGGGCUACCCCCCCCCACUCCUCAAUGCCCGCCGGGGGCCCGCAGGCCUGACAUUCAUGCACCAACAACUUUACUUUUAUACCGCGAGGACCUCAGAGACAGAUGGACCGGAGUCCACUCGCCAGCUGGACAGCCCUUCGCCCCGCCGGGGCCCCCUGGCCUGCCGGCCCGGGGCUCGGGUCGUGGGACUGGACCUUCUAACCCCACUGCCGGGGCUGUCGAGAUGGAGCCAUGGGAAAGGGCGGGGGGAGGGGGGAACCUGCAUCAAUAAAUGUAAUUUGAUUUUUUUUUCAUAA